AUGACUAAUUGGGGUACGGACUCAUUAGCCCUUACUCGGAGUGGUGCAGUGGCACGGAAGAAGGCACGGCUAGCCACAGAUGCAGCCCAUGAAGAAUUGAUGCAAACUGCAUCAAAAGCUGUUGUCAAAGGUCUUUCGGAGAUUCAGGAUGGAGGGCCAGCACCGGAGAUUCUUGACGAUUGGGAGGACGAGCCGGGAGAUCAAUUGAACCUACUUGACGACGUCGGGCUUGACUAUGAGCAGUUACGUAGACUGAUAUCAACGAUAGCACCAAAGCCGCGCAGGAAGGGGCGCGAGUGGAGUACACGGAUGUCCAGGCUUCAUGCCCAAUGGAACGAGCAACUUGACUCACUUUCCAAGCUCUAUCUACGCAUCAAGAUAAACAAUUUAUCCUGCACACCAUCGCAUUACCCAGAGCCUCGGCAAGGGAGCAACUGGUUUGAGAUACAAUGCAUCGAUAUCUUUAAUGGUCAUUCGAUUGAAUAUAUACCAUGGGACGAGAUAGACAACCGUGUGCAUGCACUCCUGCGUGCAGGGUACCUUCCUCCAACGCCAACAGACCCUCAAGUUGCAUUCUCCUUACGAACCCUCGAACUUCUUUAUUCGCUUUUCCGGGUGGCAUCGAACUUCAGUAUCCAGAGCUUUGCUCGGUUGCUCACUGACAUGCAUAAGACGGUAUUCCAGCCUCACCUUAGAACGCAGGUCUCACUUGCGUUUGACAUCUAUUACCGUAUCCUGGAUCGACUACGUGGUAUUGUCCAGCAGCAACUUGGAUAUAAUCUACCUGAUUAUCGGCUCAGGCACUCCUGUCCUGCCUGCCAUCAUAAAGUCGAGAAUGAGCCAGAGCGUCCAAUCCAGUUUAUUGUGACUGGUGAUGGGAACACUUCCCUCUCACGGCUUCGUCACCAUUUUGAGGGGGAUUCUCGUGCAUUUGUCAGCGAUUACUACAUCACUCGGGAAGAUGUUGACCGCUUUGCUAGCGCCCAAAAGCAUUCACAACGAGGGACUUCAAGCCAGAAGACAGAGGAGCCUUUGAUAUCGGAUGCCUGCUUGGCUUGGAAGAAUGCCCGACCGAUGCCAUCGAAGUCAAGAUCUGGGGCCCUACAGGUUAUGGAUGAAACGGGUAUUUUUUCAGUUGUUUGUCGCCAUGGAAUCGUACAGUUCCUUAUUGAUAUGGUUCAGAGUGGAGAGCUUGCAAAAUACCCUCUGGCUUCUGCCGAGAAGCUCAUACGUACAUUUGGGAAGAACAUAUUGUUCGUUUACGAUAUUGGGUGUACUUUCUCUGUGACUUUAUCGAAGUCAUCGAUUGGGGAUUUGGCCAAAGCGGCCAAUUUCAGGUGUUGUACCGGUUCUUUUCAUGGUGCCGCCCAUGACAGGUCCUGCCAGUUGGACUUCCUCAUCAGUUUACAGAAAGGCACGGGUAUCGAAGAUGGUGAGGGCAAUGAACGCGUCUAUUCGGAGAGCAAUGCCCUCGCACCCAUCAUUCGUCAUGCUUCUCCUUAUUACCGUCACCUCCGUAUCCACCUCCAUUUCUCCAAAUGGGAUGAGAUCAAGUAUGAGAAAUUAGGUGACUUCCUGUUGAGCAACUUCAAGUCCGCUGACAGGAUCAUUCGUGACAGUAAAAAAACCCUUGACGCCACACAAGAGUUAUUCUCUGACUUUGAUCCUGACCAAGACUGCCCACGGUGGCUAUCUGAAGAACGAGACUAUAUCUUUUCGCUUCAAUCUGAGCCUGACGAUGAGAAGGUCAAGAUUGAGUAUUUAGAAGCUAUCGAAUAUCUUGAGCGUGCUGAAGCAACGGUGCAUUACUGGGUAAUGCAAGCUGCAACGCCGGCAGGAGUAGUUGCGUAUUUUGGGCAGCACCUAGCUCAGGCAAACGAAACCCUCGAAGCUGCUCGCUCAAGUGUGUUGGCAAUUGAAGCCAGAUCAUCGCUGACUCUUCCUUGGGCACUUGAUUCCCCUCAACGCCACGAAGCAGUAGUUUUGCGCCAACAGCGGGAUUACCACCAAGUCCUUGAUGAGCUUGAACAACGAGCCAUAUCGCGUCAGCUUGAGCUUGAGAAAAUUGGGUUGCCAAAAACAGACUAUAAAGCUCGCCAGCAAAUUUCUGCAUUGGUCGCUAAGCGAGGGAAGUCCCUCCAGUCGAUACUUGAGAAGUAUAACAAUAUGGCAGCCUCUAUGAACCCUCCCAAACCAUCGCUUACGUGGCAAGAUGUUACGGACUUGAAUUUCCUGUCCGACAUCGUUCUUUUGCGUGGCCGUGAAGAUAUCCGGGAUAAGCCAUGGUUUCAGCACCACUUCCGUGAAGCAACACGCGCCUGGCACAAGUUUCAACGUGCUCGCGAAGAGAUUGAGAUUGUCAGCAUCGAAGCUCACCGGAUAUGGGCGUUCAUGGACGAGGAAGAAGCUCGGCUGCAUCAAAACAUCGAAACUAUCAAACCUACUGACCCCGAGCUAUCGAGGUACAUAGCACUCCUCUUUGAGUACCGACUCAGAGCAAACAGACACCUGCGUAGCAAACUGAGGCUUCUGGAGAAGCAAGGUGGCACCUGCACACCUCUUCCAGCACCCCGCAUUGUUGGAAGCCCCGUUUCAACGGCAGACACAGGCCAAGCUGAUGUAUCAACCCCUGAUCCUGGGACGGCACCCGAUCCCAACCUGGACAGCCCUGGCCCUUCAGAGAGAACCCCCAACAACGGCCAAGAUCCUACGAUGGGAAAUGGCCUUCAAGACACAGUGGUGGAACAAAUUUACCCUGACGCUGACUGGGAGGAUGAAAACGAAGACGCCGAUGGCGAUAACCAUGACUAUCACCAUGUCAUUGGAAGAAUCGUGAAUGCAUUAGAAGCUAUGGAUUCUCAACAGCAGUUGAUGGAAACGACGACCGGAGAUGCUCCGUUUUCCGUAGACCUUUCCGCCCUUGAAAGUGCAGUAUAUUGUCCCAAUGGCAUCCGCAAAGCUGCUGGAGGCGUUGUGCUUCUUGUUCAUGGAACCGGUUCAACCGGAUAUGAAUCAUGGGCGAACGGCCCAUAUGGAGUGUAUCUUCCUUGGGCUGCUCCCGGAUUCGAUGUCUGUUGGUACGAACUCGAUUCACACAAUUCAUCCAGGACACUCACAGAAACGCUCACAGGGUGGAUCUUCCCAGAAAGUAAAGGAAAUUCUCUGUCAGAAUUCCUACCUCUAACUUCGUAUAUCGCCUACAAUAUCCCCCUAUUAGCGGCGAAGAGCUUCACAGGAAAGGUGUCGAUCAUUGGCCACUCACAAGGGGCAGGUUUAAACCCUCAAUGGGCACUAGAUUUUUGGCCAUCUAUUCGUCAAUAUGUCUCCGACUACAUCGCACUCGCAGGAGACUUUCACGGCACACUGGAAGGCCCGGUUUCUUGCUUAUCCCAGGAUUUACUGCAUAGCGGCUGUUAUCCGUCCGUCGCACAACAGACAGCGAGCUCUAAGUAUUUGGAAGCCCAAAAUGAGCGUGGUGGUUCAGCAUUGGUGACCACGACUAGUAUCUACACUCGAUAUGAUGAUGUUAUUCAACCCGAGGUCGUUAAUCCCACUUCUGUGCUUCCUGGAGCUGCAAACCUCGCUUUACAAGGCAAGCCAACUGAUUCUACCUUAACGUGUGUGGUCCUCUGCACAAAGUUGAUCACUGUAAGCGUCAUUGAUUCUGUCAGUACCCAGCUAAAUAAAAUUUCCCUGUGGUUGUAUCACGCGUUCUGUCAUGUAGUUACUAUUCUCUUCGACCCUGCAGCCUAUGCUCUCGCAUAUGACGCUCUCACUCAUGACGGACCGGCUUCAACCUCUCGUUUUAACGCGAUCAAGUAUUGCAGUUCUUUUGUAAACAACACUGCCCUGAACCCAGCGCGCGGUCCUGAUGAAGUGCGAAGCUUUGUUCUGGGCAGUUUGAGGACUGGAGGUCUUUCGAACGUCACGAAAGUCAAACAUGAACCCCUCCUUAAAGUAAGCAUGCUCGUAGGGAAGCAUGAUGAUUGCACAUCCUCAUCCCUCUCCAAGGAAUACGUUUGUGAUCAAGGGCAAGCAACCGUAUGCAACUUGUGA